AUUGCAUUUGCAUAUGGCAGGGGACGUCGGAGUUUGUGUCUGAGCCCAACCCCAGAAGCAGCGGCCCCGGUGUCCCGGCUUCGCUCUGCCCGCUUCCCCUUACUUGGCUUUCGUGUCCCGGGAUAAUGAGCAAUAAAGACGGCGGCCCGCAGGAGAAAUACAAACUGGUGGUGGUCGGAGGCGGCGGUGUAGGCAAGAGUGCUCUCACUAUUCAGUUCAUCCAGUCUUACUUUGUAUCUGACUAUGACCCCACGAUUGAAGACUCUUACACGAAGCAAUGCGUCAUCGACGAUCGGGCUGCGCGACUGGACAUUCUGGACACUGCUGGCCAAGAGGAGUUUGGUGCGAUGAGGGAACAGUACAUGAGGUCGGGCGAGGGUUUCCUUCUCGUCUUUGCCAUCAAUGAUCGGGGAAGCUUCGACGAGAUCAGCAAGUUCCACCGGCAGAUUUUGCGAGUGAAAGACAGGGACGAGUUUCCCAUGAUCCUCAUUGGCAACAAGGCUGACCUCGAACACCAGCGACAGGUGACGAAAGAAGAAUCUGACAAUCUGGCCCGGCAACUCAAAGUAACCUAUCUGGAGGCCUCCGCCAAAAUACGGUUGAACGUAGAUAAUGCAUUCCACAAUCUAGUGCGAGCGAUACGGAAGUUCCAGGAGCUUGAAACCCCCCCGAGCCCGCAGCCCAAGCCCACGAAGGGGGAGUCUAAUGGUUGUCCGUGUGUCCUCCUGUGAGUCCGACUUUGCCCCUUGGCGCAAGUUGGCUUUGCUUCAAGCCGGAGCCUAGGGACAUCUGCUCCUUUUGUCUUCCUCCACAGCAUCUACCGACGAACCCCCACCCCCCCCACCCCACCCUCUGGAACCCAAUGACCAUCGUGGAACAGCUGAAGAUCACCCCCCCCCCACCUCCCCCACCAGCUCAGCAAUGGCACUCUGCAAGUGGGUUCAUGUUUGCUGCCUGGGAGACCGUGCCUGGUGACUGGUUCAAUCCGCUUCCUCGCAGGCAUCUCUUUCCACGGGGUGGUGGUGGUGGGGGGUGGAGGGUGGGGAAUAAGGAACGUCUCCAGUGACCUAUUCCUUUCUGAGUGGCUGGAAUAAGAGGAAAUUCCUCUGGGAAUAUGAAGCCAGGAAUGCUGGAGAGGGUGGGGGAUUUUUUUUGUAACUGUGUUGGGGGAAGGUAUUAGGGUCGGAGGAGAGAUGUACCAAGGUCAACCUUGUCCUACUGUAGUUGACACUACGGGUCACUUGUUGCUUUAAACCUUAUUGUCUUUCUCAAAGGGGCUUUGCAUGUUAACUCUACAAGACCUUGAUGUCCAGAAGGAGAGGAAUAGGCCAGGAGGCCCACAGAGUGUCGGCAUUGGCUGGAACUGUGGGUCUCUGCUUCCUCUGCUCAACAGGUCAAAGCGACAAGAAGCUGGUGGGGAAUCGAGAAUGGAGGACAUGAGUUUAGGGCGAGAGGGGAAAGAUUUAAUACAAAUUUGAGAGGCAACUCUUUUGCCCACAGGGCGGUCAGUUUAUGGAGCGAGCUGGCUGAGGCAGGUACAAGAAGAAUUUUUAAAGUGGAACUCAGGCUGGUACAUGGCUGAGAGCAGGGUGUUCCCAGCCCUGAGGUCCAUGGACCUUUUGCUCAGUGGAAUGGGCCCUGGCUGGGAUCCCCUGAUUUAGAGGGAUGUGGGCCAAAUGCAGGCAAAAGGGAACGGAUGAUGUGGGAAUCUUGGUCAGCGCGGGACGGACGGGCCAAAGGGCCUGAUGCCAAGCGCUAUGACCACCCUCGUGCUGAGGACCCUGUCAAGACUAACUGCUUUCAUUUCGGCACAAGAUCUUGUGUAGUGGAGGUGGGGUUACACUAACAGGUUUGGUAUAUGACUGGGGCAGUGUAGAGAGUUCUGUUGUUCAACUACAUGACCCAAUGGGUGGAGCCUGCUUCCCCAACACCUCUGCUUGACAGGACAGUAAGAUGGUUACUAUCAAUUGCUCCCUCGUUGGAUAGGGCCCAUGCCAAGAGAAGUAGUUCCUUUUUGGACCAACUUGACAUCUCCGGAUAUAGAGUGCCUGCUCCUGGUCACUGUCGCAAUGUUGCCUCUGAGAUUAUUGUAAUGGGGAAUGAAUUGCUAUCAAGAGUGACUGACUCUCGAAGCGCCUCUGACUUGGUUACUGUGAGGGGUGGGGAGCAACGUUCUCUCUAAUUUAUCUUUGAACAGCUGUGUGGACCAACCAUUGCUCUAAGCAGGAAAUUUUUACACUGCCUGAAAUCUGCGUGGCACUUUAGAAAAACAUUAUAUAUUAGAAAAUUACAUGAAAUUGCACGGCAAUGACGGCUACGUGCGUGGAAGCAUUUUGGUUACUGUGCGGCCAUGUAGCUUAGAGGGAACAAUGGUGAAGAGGUGGGCUAAGGUGACAGUGUUGAUCCACGACUAUAGCAUUCCUCUGGUCCCGGAAUUCCGUCAUUCCUAUUCCCACUCCCGCUACUGCCAUCUGUAGCUGCGGUCGGAAUUUCCUGUUGAGACUGUAAACAGGACUGGCCCAUUGCAACCCAGGUGCUUGAUGUCUUUCUACAACGUUGGUUAUUUCAGAAUUCCACAGAUGAUUCCAGCUCUCAGUUUCCCCGUCCUUCAUGUGCCAUUCCUUGGGAUUUGCAAGCCCCCUUUUGUAUCCAUUUCUAAUUGCAACCCCCUUCCUAGACGGAAUUAAUCUACUCCUGUUGCACACCAGCGUUGGGCUUCACAUUGGCUGCCCCUGGGUGUGUGUGCAGACUCCAGAGACCCUCGACAGAGACAAGAAUGUUGAAAUGAGGGGCCAGGAUUAGGAGGCUGAGGGAGGUGUGUGUGGAAUCGUCCCAAUACAGACUACUACAUCCCCACAUUUCCAGCCUUUAACAGCCCCUUAGCAGAGCAUCUUGACAUCUUAUGACCUUCCCUAUUGAUUCAUGUUCUUCCCAAGUUGUGCAUUUUGUUCCGAGUCUCCCUCCAGUGUUGUCCAAUCGCUGACUUGCCUGUGGCUGGUUGGGGAUGUCCAGGUGUGUCUAAUUCCAUUCCUGAUUGGUUGGUGAAUAACAGGCCACGUGAUUGGUGCUACCAUCACCGUGCUCGCUCCCCCAGGGAGCAGUGGACCUUCUCCACUAAUGUGUCACCGGACAAUCCCGCAUCCAGUUUGCCGGCUGCCGAUUCCCGUGCUUUCCACGAGCUUUCUGGGCUCACCAGAAAGCCAAUUACAGGUCCUGCCCAGGUUACGCCAGGCUUCUGCUCCUGAGAAUCACUCGUAAUCUGAAGAGUUCAUAAGUCUGAAAUCCAGCUGUUUCACUCAGUUAUUCUGACCUCUCCAAGAUGAAAUGAUAUAUUUUAAAAUUUUACUGAGAUACCACGUGGAAUAGGCCCUUCGAGCAGACCCCUGAUUUAAUCUUGGCCUAAUCGCAGGACAAUUUACAAUGACCAAUUAACCUACUAACCAGUAUGUCUUUGGACUGUGGGAGGAAACCCGAGCACCCGGAGGAAAUCCACACGGUCACGGGGAGAACGCACAAACUCCUUACUGGCAGCGGCAGGAAUUGAACCUGGGUCGUCCGUACUGUAAAGUGCAGUGCUAACCGUAUUGCCACAAACGUAUCCCGUCGGGCAGAAGUCCCCUGAGGGAAAUGGCAAAUCCCUCGCAGAGGUCUCCCAAACACUUUUGAGUGCAUGGGCUGUACAUGUUGGGUGUUUGGAGCCUGUAUUGCACUGUAUACCAUCUCAAGCAGUAAGGGUCUGGGGCAUAAAUCCAUUCUGGCAUCUCCACAGUCCUGAGGAUGCUGGAAUUCCAAAUUUUCAUAAUUCUUGAUGAUUGAUAGCCAAAGAUUUUGAUCAUUUCUUUGCUUUGGAAUGUCCUGGGUGCUUGGAUGAUAAAGUAGAAGAUGGAUCCCGCCAAUUAUGUGAUUGUAACAACGACAGAUUAUUUUAACACCCCCUCCCCCCUUCUCUACUGGGCAACAUGGACCAGAGCCAGGUCUUAGGACCAGAAUUCAACGUUCACUGCAGACCGUAGGCACCAUUGUACACCGAGAUUGGCCAGUCCACUGCUCGGCCAUGCCAGUCUGUUCCUCUGCAAUGCCCCACUAGUCAAUCCAGACCCAGAGCUGGUGUGACACCUCCCAGCCCUGGAAAGUGAUGUUUGAGGGUGUCUUUCCUGAAGGUGCUCCGUGGAGUCUUGCAGAGAGAGUUGGUGGUUGAAGGGUUGAGAGGUCAAGUUCGAGGAGAGGAAGCCCCGAUCCCAAGGGAAUAAGGAUAUCAGACUCUGUCCGCUUCCUUUCUGUGUUCGGGACCUUCUGCCAGAAGUAAGCACCAUCUCAUGGUGGGAUGUACUAAGCAAGUAUUCUGCAGUAUUUCAGCACUGGAGGGAUAAUGCAUUGACUUGUGUUCAGUGUUGAGCAGUUAAAAGUAGCUUUUGUACUUCACCCAGGUCUGGCCACAAGGUGCAAGUAGGUGCCACCUCUGGGACUUGCGCAACUCUCUGACCUCCUCAACUCCACCUCGCCAUCUGUUUCCUGGUCCUCCCCAGCACCAUUGACCACCCAAACUCUUUUUAAUCAUUCACCUUUAACUAUUGUUAGGUUAGGCUUAUGUACAGUUAGGGGUACAUUUUGUGUUUAUAUUGGAGCAGGGACUGUCUCCAGCACAGCUGGGUGUGGUAUCUCACUGUAAAUGUUCAUUCAAAGUCAUUAAAGUACAUUUGUAAUAAAACCUUGUUUCCGUGGUU